AGAGAGAGAGAAGAAGAAAGAGAGUAGCACCAGCGAUCGAGAGCUACACAGAGAGAACCUGAAACAUAUAUCGGCCACUGCGAGGCUCAAAUAAUUAUUUAUUUUUAAAAUUAAAAAAAAAAUAAAAAAAAAAGAAGCUAAAGGGCAAAAGCCUGAAGCAGCAGCGAAGGCGAAGAUUCGGAACUUUGAAGUCACUGAGUCCCUCUUCGAUUCCUCUUCUGCAAUUCGUCCGAGUUCGUUUCAUUCCAAGUUCGGGAGAAGCAACCACGCCGAGCUUGGUGAUUUGAAGUUAGGGUUUUCAUUUAUUGUGUAUUUGAACGAAUAUUGGGUUGAUUCGAAGGGUUUGGAAUGAGCUCGGCCAGUGAGUUUGAUCUCUAGGGUUUUUGGAUUUUUGGGAGAUGGGACUCAGGAUUGCAUUGUAUAUUCAUUGAAAAUUGGGGUUUAUUGGCAUUAGUUGUUGUUCCAGAUGCAUUUCCCAAAAUAUAUGGAGCUGGAUGUUUGAUUGGCAUUGAAAGAUACGUAGAGGGGUGAAUUUAGAAUGGUUUUGAGGCAUGGAUAACAACAAUCUGCUGCUCAGUCGUAGUUACUGUUUCUGUUGAAUGUGGAUGGUGUAUAAAUCUGUUGCUUCUUGAGAAAUGCAACCACACCAGAGCUCAAGAGUUGAUUUGGGUGAGUUGAAAGCUCAGAUAGUGAAAAAGAUUGGGGUUGACAGGUCGAAGAGGUAUUUCUAUAACUUGAAUAGGUUCUUAAGUCAGAAGCUUAGUAAGAGUGAAUUUGACAAAUCAUAUUAUCGUGUACUCGGAAGGGAGAAUCUUCCAUUGCACAAUCAACUUAUACGUACAAUUUUGAAGAAUGCAUCUCAUGCCAAGACACCACCUCCAUUUCACGAAGUGGGUCCUGCAAAAACAUUGAUUCAAACUGCAAAAGCGUCUCCUAGUAAAGAAGACGGGCAUGAACAAAGUGGAUCCCUCAUUCCGGCUCAGAAUCAAAAUGUACACAUUUGGUCAAACGGGGUCUUGCCUGUGUCCCCUCGAAAGGGUAGGUCCGGGAUACGUGAUCGCAAACUUAGAGAUAGGCCUAGCCCGCUUGGCCCAAAUGGGAAGGUCGAUGUGGUGCAUCAUUCUACGGGUACAGAAGAUAAUGGUAGUAAGGGUAUCAUGGAAAAUGGAGAGUUGAUUCCCUGUGAUUAUCAAAGACCAUUGCAGCUACUUCAGCCAGUUGCAGAAGCAGCAGAACAACCAGAGAAUGAAAAGGAGCAUCUGGUCACACGAACCUCUGAAAAAACAAGGAUAGGUAGCAUAGACCACUCGAAAGUUGCUGUUGUUGAAGAUGGGGAAGAGGUGGAGCAGGGAAGGUACCCUAAUUUCUCAAAAAGACCUCUUGUGGCACCACCUGGAAUUCCUUUUUACUCUGCCAGUGUUGGUGGUGCCCGUAAAGCUAUUCCAGUGGCAAGCAGCGGCAAAUUUUUCAGCUGUUAUGACAGUGGUGGGUUAUCUGACACGGAGACAUUGAGAAAAAGGAUGGAGCAGAUUGCAACUUCUCAGGGCAUUGGAGGUGUUUCGCUGGAAUGUGCUAAUACGCUGAAUAAUAUGUUAGAUGUGUAUUUAAAGAGGCUGAUUCGAUCAUGCGUUCAGCUGGUUGGAGGCAGAUCUGCACAGUUUGCAAAACAGGGCCCUACCCAUAAGCAGCAGGUUCCAGGCAAGAUUAUUAACGGCAUUUGGCCUAGCAAUCACUUACAUAUGCAGAGUAGCGGUGAACCUGUGGAUUGUAUGCAGGAGAAGAAAUCAAGGUGUUCAAUAUCUUUACUUGAUUUCAAAGUUGCCAUGGAGCUAAAUCCACAGCAACUUGGUGAAGAUUGGCCGUUGCUGCUGGAGAAAAUUUGCAUGCAAUCAUGUGAGGAAUGAAAUGUGUACACUGAGAUUUGUUUUUUCUGAAGCUACGUUUGUGUUAGUCUGUUCUGGUUCAAAGGCUUUGACAACUGUGUUUGGAGACUGUUGAUGUGCCCAGUUAUUGCCAGCAUGAAGCAGAUGAGUCCCAUUUACAUAAGGCUCUGGUCCUUGCAACAUGAAUUUAGUUGUUGGGGCAUCAAAAUAACUUUAUUCUAUGGGUGCAGAGCCAGCACGAUCAGGAGAUUGCGGCAACCAAGUGAGGGUAACUUUAAGAAAGAAUACCCUGAAUGGUUGCACUGUUGUAAAAUUAGCAUGUCUCCUUGGAUUGUUACAGCUUCAAAGCUUUCUGUAAAAUGUACAGGCUGCCCGGGGGAAUUCUAAAAAAUUUUGCAGGGAUACUGUUGUUUAGCUUGGUGAAAGGUAAAAUACUUGUGCAAGGGCUGCAAUGAUGCACUUUUAGAUUUUGAGAAUUGAUUGGUUCCAUUAUUAAUAACAAAUUGACAUCCCUUUUCUCAUAA